AUGGAGUUUGCGUUUUUUUUCGGCUUACCUUCUCUUUAUAAAUGUUGUUGUCUCUCAGAAAAGAAAUUCUUUAUACCAUUUUCGCAAACAGGAAACACUGAUGUUCUGAAACUUCUUGCCGAAAAUAUUGCCGCAAAUCCACCACCAACUUCGACACCUUUGCCACGUGUACGGCAGCUGGCAUGGGGAAGCGUUGAUCCACUUCGAACGCUCGGGUUAAAAAUGCACCCUGACCUUGUAAUCGCCAGUGAUGUGGUGUACGGCAACGACCCCACGAAGUGGCAGGCACUAGUUAGUACUUUGUGUCAACUGUGUGGCCCCAACACACUCAUUGUGAUUGCCAACGUGCGGCGUUAUCCGCUUCAUCAUCCGAUGGCAGAGUCUAAAUUCUUUGAAGAUGCAACGGCUUUGGAUUUCAAAAGAAGUGAAGCACCAUUGACAACGCUUCAUCCCGAUUUCCGACGUGCAGGUGCUGGCGGUUGUGCUGUGCAUCUUUUUGUGCGGAGGUCAAAGGCAACGAAGCGGCUACGCGAUGGUGACUUUGAAGUUCUGAAUGGCAGCAAUCAGCUCCAGUGAGUCUUGCAGAAACCAGAAAAGGGAUGGGAUCGAGAUGGCCCUUUUACGUCCUCCUCUGCAAAAGUAAAACUUAUUUUUAAUUGUUUUUCCAGAAUCACGUAGGGCUACAGUACACGUAACCCUACCUAAUUUUUUUAUCUGCGUCGUGCUGAAGACGUCCGCCACGAAGUUUCGAGUCGAUGCGUGCGGGUGACGACGCUUGGGCGCGUACGAGAGUUCGUUCAUUAGAUUCAGUGAAAUACUAAUACAAAUUUGGUAC